CCAACCCCGAGUAACAUGUCGUCAUCCAUGAUGGUGUGCGGUCGGCAGCAGCGCCUUAGCAUGCCGCGAGGGCUAGGGUCGGCUCUUCCUGGCAGUCGGUUGUGUCGAUCUCGCUUGAUCAUUGUCGCCAGUGCUGCAAAGGACCCCAACGCUCCUAUUCAGAGCAACCCACUCGGCGCUCUGUCCUCCCAAGCUGGAACAGUUACACCGCUUCCGCGCAGUGAAGAAGCCAGGAAGUACUUCCGAACGGUCUAUGACUUUCCACAAUGGCAGACUCAUCGGAGCCAGUUCCGUUUGAUGAAGCGACUGUUCACCAUCCCACAGUCCCACGUCAUCCAAAACGCACUGCCCUCCAUCCUCUGGGUGGGCAUCGUGUCAUCAGCCCUCGCCGCCUACAUGACCGCCCACGACCAGCAUAUCUUGCCGGAAGGCUUCCCGUCCCUCUCCCCUAACGCCUCCUGCAGCGCAUUCAUCUCCAACACCAGCGUGGCGCUGUCGCUGCUGCUGGUCUUCCGCACGAACUCCAGCUACGGCCGCUGGGAUGAAGCGCGCAAGAUGUGGGGCGGUCUGCUCAACCGCAGCCGCGACAUCAUGCGUCAGGGCGCGACUUGCUUCCCGGACGAUCAAGUGGAGGCGAAGAAGGCCCUGGCGCGCUGGGUCGUGGCUUUUGCGCGGGCGCUGCGGAUUCAUUUCCAGCCGGAGGUGUCGAUUGAGAGCGAGUUGAAGAACAUCUUGACGCCAGCUGAACUGGAGAUGUUGGCGAAGAGUCAGCACCGGCCUGUGCGUGCCAUUCAUGCCAUCAGCCAGAUCAUCCAGUCGGUGCCCAUGAGCUCCAUCCACCAAAUGCAAAUGAGCAACAACCUCACAUUCUUCCACGACGUGCUGGGGGGCUGCGAGCGGCUGCUGCGCGCGCCCAUUCCAGUGUCGUACACCCGCCACACGGCACGCUUCUUGUUCAUGUGGCUGACGCUGCUGCCGUUCGCGCUGUACGGGCAGUGCGGGCUGGGUGUCGUGCCUGUGUGCACGGGCAUCGCGGCUGUGCUGUGCGGUAUUGAGGAGAUCGGCGUGCAGUGCGAAGAGCCCUUCGGUAUCCUGCCUCUGGAAGUUAUUUGCAACCGUAUCCAAGCUGACGUCAUGGCCACGUUGAAGGAUGAUGCGGACACGAAGACCGUGUUGGCCGAGGCUGGGCUGGAGAGGCCACAGCCACAGCCACAACGGGGGGAGUAA